UCUGUCAUGUUUCUCUUCUUGAUGUUGGGACUUCUGGUCUGCUCAGAACCACCAGGUUCCAGUGCUGUGACGUCUCGGUUUGUGCUGAAGGGAGAAGAUGUCACUCUGGAUGUUCAGAAACCUGAUAUUCAAGAAACAACCAUAUUUGCAUGGAGGUUCAAGAGAGAAGACAAUGUAGUGAGAUUAGUUAAUGAUGAAGUAUUUAUCUCUACAAACUACAGAGGAAGGGUUGAGUUUUCAUCAGAAGAUUACUCUUUCCUGUUGAAGAGUCUAACAGAAGCUGACAGUGGAGUUUAUUCUGCACUGCUGUUUGGGGAACAAGAAGAGCAAUUGACUAAAUACCAAGUCACAGUUCAAGAGCGAGUGUCUCCAGUUCACCUGACAGUGAAGCCUGUCUCCUCCAGCUCAGACUCCUGUAACGUCACUGAGACCUGCAGCAGUCAGGACUCUUCCAUCAGCAGCACUGUGACAUGUGACGGAGGAAACUGCUUUCUGGAGGGAGGAGAGAGGUCAGAGGUCACAGCCUCUGCUGCCUCCAUCAAAGUCUACCUGUUGAAUGAGUCAGUCAUCUGUAACCACAGCAACCAGGUCAGCUGGAGAGAGGACAGGAAGGAGACUGAUGCUCUCUGCUGGCUACAUGCUGGUCCACAGAGUCUCUCUGGUGUCUCUGUGUAUCUCGUGAAGUUGGUCGUGUUCUCAGUCGGUCUGAUCAUCAUGGUGUCUGUGGUGAUCGGCAUCAACCUCCUGGUCAGGCUCAGAAAGAAAGAGUGA